AUUCAUGCUAGCAGGUAUGCAAACUCCGCGGAGGCUGCCCGUCUCUCGCGCGCUGGCUUUGCUCUGCGGAUAAUAUUGCCGACGGAGUCGCCGCUCACACGCCCGCUCGAGUCUGCUCUAGAGAGCGGAGGAAUGGCGCUGCGCCUGGAGGAGCUGAAGCGGCGGGCGGCCGAGUGCAUCGAGGCGUCGUCGGAGAGCCUGGGCGCGCUGAGCCGGCAGAUCUGGAGCCAGCCGGAGCUGGCCUACGAGGAGCACCAGGCUCACGGCGCCAUGACGCGCUUCUUCGCCGGCCGCCCCGCUGGCUCGUCGUCCUCGCCGCCGGCCGCGGGCGCUUGGUCGGUGCAGCCGCGCUACAAGCUGGAGACGGCCUUCCGGGCGGACUGGCAGUGGGACGGGGCGCCCGCCACCCGCGCCUCUGCUGCCCCGCCGCGGGGCGUCGAGGAGUCCGGCCAGUCGCCGCCGCCGCCGCUCCGCCUGGGCUUCCUGUGCGAGUACGACGCCCUGCCCGGCAUCGGCCACGCCUGCGGCCACAACCUGAUCGCAGAGGUGGGCGCCGCCGCCGCGCUGGGCCUGAAGGGCGCCCUGGAGAGCCUCCGCCAGCCCCCCGCCGGGCUGCCCCGCGCCCCCGCCGUCAAGAUCAGUGUUCUAGGCACACCAGCGGAAGAAGGAGGAGCAGGCAAAGCAAAAAUGAUUGAAGCUGGUGCUUUUGACAACCUAGAUAUUGUGUUUAUGGCUCAUCCAUUUCAGGUAGAUCUAUCCUAUAAACCUGACAUGACAGAUUGUCUUGUGACUGUGAGAUACUAUGGAAAAGCUUCCCAUGCUGCUACUUACCCUUGGGAAGGAGUAAAUGCAUUAGAUGCUGCUAUUCUUGCAUAUAACAAUCUGUCAGUUUUAAGACAGCAAAUGAAGCCAACUUGGAGAGUCCAUGGCAUAAUAAAAAAAGGUGGAGAGAGACCAAACAUCAUACCUCCUUAUACAGAACUAGAAUUUUAUUUGCGUACUCCUUUGUUGAAGGAACUGCCCAUUCUGACAGAGAAAGCUGAAAGCUGCUUGAAGGCUGCAGCUCUGGCCACGGGAUGCAAAAUAGAAUUAAGACAUGAUAAUCCAGAUUAUUACAAUGUGCUUCAAAAUAAAUGCCUGGAGCAAGCCUUUGUGGAAAAUGGGAAAAGCCUGGGAAUGGAAUUUUCAGAUGACCCUGUCUUGUUCAGUUCAUCAGCUUUGACAGACUUUGGGAAUGUUUCCCACAUUGCUCCUGGAAUCCACCCUUACUUUUACAUUGGCUCAAAUGCUCUGAAUCAUACUGAGCAGUUUACUGAGGCUGCAGGGUCAGAAGCAGCACAGCCGUAUGCCUUGCGUACUGCCAAGGCUUUGGCAAUGACUGCACUGGAUAUUGUCUUCACACCAGGCCUGCUGGAACAAGUCAGAGAAGAUUUUAGACACGUAAAGCAACAUGAGCAAGAACACUGAAGUGCAAAAGUGGGGAAACAGACAAACCUGGACUUGGAAUAGUGAGAAGCUGUAUGACUAAAACCACACACUCUUCUACUUUGACUAUUACUAUCACUAGCCAAGACUAUAAGGGUAUUCUCAUAUUUAAGGUCCCGGUUUUGACCUUCAAAGCCUUGUGGGGUUUGGUACCUGUUUACCUACAGACCCGCCUCUCCCAUCCAGUUACAUCCCGUCCGGUCAGAUCUGGUCAGAUGGCCCUUUUGUCGGUCCCCGAUUUCUGAGAGGUUUGGGGAGCUAGAACCCGUGAAAAGGCUUUCUUGGUUGCCGCCCCACUUCUCUGGAAUUCCCUUCCCCUGCAGAUUCGUUUAGCUCCUUCUUUGUCGAUUUUUAAAUCUUUAUUGAAGACUUUUCUUUUUCGCCAGGCUUUUACCCUGUAGCUUAUCUAUCCCCCCCCCCCGUUAGUUACCUUAGUUUUAUUUAGAAUGUAAUUUUAAUGCUGUCUUGUUUUGCAUGUUUUUGUACACCGCCCAGAGUCUUCGGAGUGGGCAGUAUAUAAAAUGUUUCAAAUAAAUAAAUAUUCUCUCUCUCACUAGGAUAGGGCAGCCCAGCCUGGGUUAGGCUAUGCGUGUGAAGUGCCGGGGGUGAGGUCGCUCCUGGUGCUGCACCUGCACCAAGCAAUCGAUUUACUAUUUACAUCAUUCUGCAGUUUAUUUGCAGGGAGUGACAAAGGAAUGGGCUCUUUCCUCAACCACUGGAAAUCUUACUUAUCAGUUCUUUUGAUUUUGAGACUUGGGCAGGCAUAAGCUAUUCACUUUCAAAAAGUCCAUAAACUUGCUUUUGGCCACAGGCCUCUCACAACUAAAACAAAACAUAGUGAAAGCUCAAGUCCGAGGUGCUCCCCAGGGAGCAGAACAUCUGAAGUGUAAGGGGUGCAUGCAUCCCUUGACAGCUAGCCAUGCCCCAGGCUGCUUUCUCCCUGCUCCUGUCUGUCUGCAAAAGCAAAUGCAAAGCAUGGGAGGGGUUUCUCUCUAUGACACAGAACCAUGAACAGUCCAAGGUUCUCAGUAACCAUACAGGGAGAAACCCUCCCUGUGUUUAGCAUUUGCCUUUGUAUACAAACACUAGAGAUGCCUGCUAGGUGAGAGGUGUUAGUACCUAUCUCCCUACAGAGAGCAUAAUGCAUAAACAGGGCUCAAGAUUCUCAGGAAACUGAGUUUUGUGUCCUGUGUGACAUUCUGUACUUUUCUGCACUACUGCACAAUCACAGCCCUGGUUAUAGCAGACCUUAUAAAUGCCUAUUGGCAAAGGAUGUGUAUGUUGAACCAGUUCCCUCCCCCUUGCCCUAAACUCCAUAAUGCUUCCACUCUUGAGAAGCAGACAUACCCGUUUUGACCUCUAAGCUUAUAACUUCAUCUAUUACCACAAACUAUUAGUUCUGCACAUGUUCAGAAAAUUUUCAGAUUUUCAUUCAACCCAAUCUGACUUUUGACAAGUUCUGAUUCCGUGGGCUCUGGCAAUGUUGCAUAUUGGAUCGGAUUCAGAAUUUGAAUCCAAAUUCUUAUUAACUUGGAUUUUCCCCCACAUAGCAGUCAAUGAGGUAAAUGGAAAAAAUCAACUUGCCACAUGUGGGGAAGGAGAUCAGGGCCCCCUGUAGUGAAUUUGGUCAAUUCCCUAAAUUAUUUUUUUUAAGGCUAAAUAUGGUGAAGCCAGAACUUUAAAAAAAAGUCCUGGAUCUGCAGCCCCUCCUUGAACCAUCAUUCCACCCCCAUAUGGAGGGAAAAGGACAUUCCUUUGACACAUACACACCCCCAUUGCAGGAACAGGCAGACCUCUUAAAAGGACUUCACACCUUUUAAUCCCUGAAUGGCUAGUAGGGAAAGUGAAAAUUCUUUCUAGCCACAUAAACAUUCAAAGUACUUCCACUUUUACUGAUUGUGUGCUUCUGCAAUGGGGAAGACAAAAAUUGCUAUAAAAUCAAAGCAAUGUUCUCUUUUUCUCCAUGUGGAGGUGGAAUGAUGGUCCAAGGAGGGUCUUCAGUUUCAGAAUUUUUUUUUUGUAAAAUUCUGACUUAAAACAAGCCAAGUUUCACAAUUUUUAGUCAAUAUUACAAAAAGUUCAAGAAAUUUAAAUUUUUUACAAAAAGUUCAAAAUUUAUAAAAGUUCACCAAAAAUUGGGUGAAAUUGCCAAUUCUCUUCAAACUCACAACAGGGGCCCCUGACCACCUUCCCCAUGUGUGUUGCAAGUUCCAAGGCUCUAGGACCAAUUCGUGAUUUGUUAUUUUAAAAAAAUAAUUCCCCAUUCACCUCUUGGGGGGAAAUGAUGCCAUUUUGUGAAUUCUGAAGUAUUUCUAAAAGUUUUAUAUUUCAGAAUUCUUACUUUAGUGAAUAUGAAUUUGCACAGGCCUACAAACUAUACCAUUCAAACUCUAUGUAACUUGCCCAGCACUGGCUGCUUUUCCAGGUGUGUUUUGAGUGCAGAAUCCCACACAUUUCCAUAUCAGUCUUUUUAACCAUACUUAUGCCUUUGCUUUUCAUCUAUUAAUAGGCUGCUGACAUAGUCUGAAGAGGCAUAGAGCCUUUGCAAGCUCCUAUUACUGGUGGGGACAUUUGGGCGUGUUGGGAGGGACCACAAGGCAUACCCAACAAAGCACAGAAGUACUUCUUGCUGUUUUUAGCCAAACAAGCAUCUAGGUGAACUUAUUCUGUAGGCUUAUGUGGAACUGUAGAUUUUAUUUCUAUAGCUGAAUUAAGCCCAGAUUGGAAAACUUUCUCCUGCUCAGUCCUGAGCGCUGUAAUGGGCUGAGAACCUGAGAUUUGUCAUCAGCAGUAAUCACUCUUGUCUUGUGUUUAAAGUUAGCUUUUCAGUGUGAGCAAAAAUCAUUAAAAAUUCUCAAAUGUCUUAA